UUUCUACCCGGAAACCACGGCUGCGGGACCUGCGGACUAGCUUGUGUCGCGGCAGCGGGAGCCCGGGUGGUCUCUGGUCCUCGCGUCGGCCCCCCGGAGCCGGACGCUGCCCCCGGCGCGGCGGGGAGGAUGGUGCCGAGCGGCCCCGGGCCCGCCGCGCGCCGCCGUGAGUGAGCUCCGAGCGGCCGCGGGCGUCCGCCUAGCAGCUGGCCCGGCCGGGCCCGGGGCGCGCCGCUGCCCACCGGGGCGAGGUGCAGCUGAUGAGAAUAAUGUUCAGCAUCAACCCCCUGGAGAACCUGAAGCUGUACAUCAGCAGCCGGCCCCCCUUGGUGGUCUUUAUGAUCAGCGUAAGCGCCAUGGCCAUAGCUUUCCUGACCUUGGGCUAUUUCUUCAAAAUCAAGGAGAUCAAGUCACCGGAAAUGGCAGAGGAUUGGAAUACUUUUCUGCUGCGGUUUAAUGAUUUAGACUUGUGCGUAUCAGAGAAUGAAACAUUAAAGCAUCUCACAAAUGACACCACAACCCCGGAAAGCACAAUGACCAGCGGCCAGGCCAGAACGUCCACCCAGUCCCCGCAGUCCCUGGAGGACUCAGGCCCAGUGAACAUCUCAGUGGCAAUCACCCUAACCCUGGACCCGCUCAAACCCUUCGGCGGGUACUCUCGCAAUGUCACCCAUCUGUACUCGACCAUCCUAGGGCAUCAGAUUGGACUUUCAGGCAGGGAGGCCCAUGAGGAGAUAAACAUUACCUUCACCCUGCCCACAGCCUGGAGCUCGGACGACUGUGCCCUUCACGCUCACUGUGAGCAGGUGGUGUUCACGGCCUGCAUGACCCUCACCGCUAACCCCGGCGUGUUCCCGGUCACCGUACAGCCGCCGCACUGCGUUCCCGACACGUACAGCAACGCCACACUCUGGUACAAGAUCUUCACAACUGCCAGAGAUGCCAACACAAAAUACGCUCAAGACUACAACCCUUUCUGGUGUUACAAGGGGGCCAUCGGAAAAGUCUAUCAUGCUUUAAAUCCCAAGCUUACGGUUAUUGUUCCAGAUGAUGACCGUUCAUUAAUAAACCUGCACCUCAUGCACACCAGUUACUUCCUCUUCGUGAUGGUGAUAACGAUGUUUUGCUACGCGGUUAUCAAAGGCAGACCCAGCAAGCUGCGUCAGAGCAAUCCUGAGUUCUGUCCUGAGAAGGUGGCUUUGGCUGACGCCUAAUCUCACAACUGCCGUUUUCGGAGAGAGACAGAGCGAACCAUCUUCAUUGCCUGCUGAACCCAGCCUGGGCCUGGACACUCUGUGAAUACAUUAUCUUGCGGUGUUGGGUCACUCCAGCCAAAGACAUUUCAAGUGCCUGUAACUGAUUUGUACAUAUUUAUAAAAAUCUAUUCAGAAGUUGGUCCCGUGAUGCACGUGCUUUGCACCGGGUGCAGCCAGAACUCUGCAGCCUCACCCGUGAAUGUGGUGGGAUGAUUCCGCGUGGCGCUGGAGAAGUCCCAGCAGCUGCACGGCCUUCCCAGGGUCACAGGGGCGUUUCACUGCGGGUGGGGUUGAGGUUUGCUUUGGUUCUUGUUUCAGCCCGACAUGUACAGAAUGUUCAAGACAGUCUGCACCUCUGAUAUGAUAUUGCAUUUCUAAAGCCACCAAUCCAUUUUGUGGAUUUUAUGUGUCUGUGGCUUAAUAAUCCUAGGAACAACACCAAUACCUUUUUCUCCGUUUUGCUUGCAAGGAAACACACCUAUCUUCCUCAGUUGUUGGGGUUUUUUUCCCCCCCCUUUGAAGAAAAAAUAGUCACAUUUUAAUACUACUCUAGUUAGGACAGACUUGUGCUUUUCUCUUGAGCAAGAAGUUAAAUACUUCAAAGUCACCUACAUGGUAAAGAUCCAAGUUUCAUUUACCGCCUGGACAGUGAGGAGCGUGGUCCUGUUUCAUUCGGCACAGACUGUUCCGCUGUUGUCGUCGUCUCUGUUGUCCCUUCCCUCCAUUGUAAAAGUUAAAACUGCUUCCUCACUCAAAAGGGCUUAAAAAGGAAGUGCGAAUGGCUCUGGGGUAGAAGGUGGCGCUUCUGUUUUCUGGAAUGCAGAUGACGGGAUGGAAAGAGGACGAUGACAACUUGGUCUAACAGUUGUGAAAGGGUUUCCUGUUUUCUUCCAAGAGGGAGUGGAUUUUCUUCUCUGGGUGUUUUUGUCUGUUUAGGGGUUGGGUUUCUUUUUUUCCGCAUUUAUUUUUAUGCAGUUAACAUAUUCUCAGAAGGAAAUGUUAACCAGUGGAGGAGUAACCGUAAGAAAACAAUGUCCCUGAAAUUUGAAGGAAAGUGAUUCUGAUUUGCCAUUUAUCAGGAAAACCAAAAGCAUUUUGCUUUUCUAUCGCAUUUUGGUGAUUUCAGUUCUCUCUCCCUUUUUUCCUUCCAAGCCAUCUUCUUUUUAGAACAAUUAUGCAUCUUUUCCAGCCCUUUUUGUUACUUGCAUUCUUACUGCUGGGUUUUGUUUGUUUGUUUUCCCCCAAAGAGCUUUUGGCCUCAAUAACUCAUCAUCAUUAAUGAUUUCCAUGUUCUGCCAAGCCGUGUUCUCACAGAAGGGCAGUUAACAUCUUGGGCGUGACUGUCCGCAUUGCUUUCCCUCGACUCCAGGUCUGUCAUCUCUUCUGAGUUAGGAGCAGUCCUGCAGUCUGAACUGUAUUGGUCCAGAGCAUCUGAUCCCCGGCAUUCUUGAAUGAACGACAACGGGGGGCUUUUAGUAAAGGUUAUUAAGAUAAUCAUCGUCGUAAUUUGAUAUGUUAAUAUUCUUUUUAGUACAUUUCAAGCACAAUGAUCCUACUUGUCCAUCCAGUUUUGUUUUUGUUUUUUAUAAGUUGCUUACAUGACGCAUGGCUAACUGGUUAAUUUUCUCUCUAGAGACUUUGAGAAAGAGCCAUUUGGCGUGGCCUUUAGAAACAUCAAUAUCAUCACGACCAACAGACUUUUAGAUUAAGCUGCUACUGAAUUAAUAAAGUCCCCGUGAAGUAGAGUUACAGGACUAGAUGUACAACUGGCCGAGUACUACAGAAGGAAGACAGGUGAAAGAAGUCAGGUGCACGGGUCUCUUCAAGCCAGCUUGUUACUAAGGUUAAGGACCCUUGUUUUUGUCACUGGGGAUGGCUGGGACCCGGGGCCAGGGAGGAGGGACGCUGUUAGGCGUGAGGAGGGGACGUGCCAAAAAUGCCCAGACAGUGCGACUUGUCACGAGGCAGGACACACACUUUCAAAUCCAGCAUCUCCCUGGCAGGUGAGUCUCAAAGAUCCCACAGAGACCCAGAGUUGGUCGAGGGUACAGAGGAAGGCUGGGGGGCGCUGGGGGCCUGGGCGAAGAGCUCUGGUGCCCGAGGGGGCAUCCACUGACCCUCAGCAGGUCCGGGGGACCUGAUGCUACCUGGGCGCUUAGAGGCCAGGCCCGGUCUUCCGCUCUCUUGCUGGGGGACCUCAGGAUGAGAAGAGUGUCCCAGACAGGGCCUGUCUGCCACUUGGACGUGACCCCGCGCAGGCGCGCUGGCUUGUCCUCAGGCGUCUUGGGCUGGAGUCCAAUGGAAAGGUCAGCAACUUACUAUUAAAAAGGUUGUUUCGGAUCAUAUUGAUCUCUUUCCUUUCUCCUUUUGUCCUUUCACUGUAUGACUUGAAUCAGUUUUGAUUCUAUUUGUAAGUUUCUCGUCGCUAGGAGCCUGCCACUUCCGUUGCAUUUUCUUUGGCAGUAUGUAGGGAUUCAGCGUCCUGGUUUUUCACCCUCCUGCAGGCACUGUGGGGUUUCGAGGGCCAGCGGAUCCAUUUCACGUCCCUUGCUGCAUGAUGGUCAGUAGCUGAUCUGUUCCGGCAUUCACUCCCGGAUUGAGUUUCUGUGUUUGAAGUAUGUGCAUAUGUGCUUUCCAGAAUAAAACAUCGGAGUUUA